UAUAUAUACUUGCAACUCGUCGCACGAUCAAAAUAUGCGGUGAUUUGUAAACACUUCAAGUGUGUGUUUAAAGUAUUUAAAAAUAAACGGGUACAUACCUUAUGACAGUAAAGUCCUUCCACACAACGUAGCCUAUACUAGAGUUCAGUGUCACAGUUCAUGGGACGAAAAAAAUCAAGGGAAACUACCAUAAAUCUUGUUUGUCAUUAAAAAGAAAUGGGUGCUCGGCCUUCUUUUCCUAUCGUUCCGCUCCCGAGGGACAGAACUGUUAUCGUUACCGGCGGGAACACAGGUUUAGGGUACGAGAUUGCAAAAUGGUUGGCCAUGAUGGGAGCAACUGUGAUUAUAGCGUGUAGAUCGGAACAGAGGGCGCUACAGGCAAUAGAACGAAUGCAAGAAGAGUAUAGUCUGAUAAAAGAGAAGUUAAGUAGUACACAUGAACUUAAAACUUAUGACAACCUGGCUGUCAGCCAGAUGCAGCUGGACCUGAGUUCUUUCAAAUCAACUCUGGAAUUCGUUGAAGAAUUUAAGAAAUCUGGACGGAACCUCCAUGUCUUAGUUUGUAAUGCUGGAAUCGGCAUGGCGCCUUAUGAGAAAACAGAAGAUGGAUUUGAGAAGAUGCUACAGGUGAACUACCUAAGCCACUUUCUGAUUGUGGCAAAAUUACUUCCGGUCAUGCGCAAGUCUGGCACCGAUUGUCGGAUAUUGUUUAUGUCAAGUGACGCACACAGAUCCUGCAGUUUUGAUCUUGAUACGAUGAAUUACGAGGGAAACGCUUCAAAAUUUGGGAGACUAGAUUACUAUGGACGUUCUAAACUGUAUCAGGUAAACUGGCUACCGGGAUAGUUUCAUCUAGAAUUA